GACCGGUUAGUGCGUUUACGUCCGCCAUUUUGUUUUCUGUUCUUAUUGUCUUCGCACCUUCUCCAAACUGACGCGUUUUUAGGGGGUUCCAGAAGCUGUGGAGACCGCCAACCACCAUAGACCUACAGAGAUGGCGGAGUCCACGUGUGUGCCUCCUGCAGAACAAACUUCGAACGAGACGCACAUCAAAGAGGAGCCGACAGAAGACACUGGAUUGCAACAGGAUGCACAAGAGAACGUGCUGUUUCAGGAAAUGUACAGUGAGGACCAAAAAACCUUCGACUACUUCGGUGCAACGCAACCAACCGGGCAUCCUUGGAACGAGACUUACAAAAGUUGGGAGCAGACAACAGACACGGGACGGCAGCAGGACGAGGAAAGGGACGUUCCAAACGGCGAAACGUGCGGUGUAAAAGCGGAAAUGGAAGAGUCCAGCUGUGGAUUUGUUAGUAUCGGAGAACAUCCUGGGAAGGAGAUGGAACUUUUUGGAAAUCCUGGGAAGGAGAGUGACAGCAGGGAGACCCAGACAACAGACAUGGGCCUGCAGCAGGAAACGUGUGAUGUGAACGUUUCAAAACCUGACAACACAUUAACCUCACAGGUACAGGAGACCAUAGGCAUUACUGGAAUGUAUGUGGUUGAACACACCGGUGAGAAACCUUUCGUGUGUGGGGAGUGCGGGUACCGGGCAGCUUAUAGGUCUCACAUAUCCCAACAUAUGAGAACCCACACAGGAGAGAAACCCUACAAGUGUCACCAUUGUGACUAUGCUGCUGCACAGAAGGGCAGUCUGGCCUAUCAUAUAGCAACAAAACACACCGGUGAGAAACCCUACAUGUGUGGAGAGUGUGGGUAUAGGGCGACAAAAAUGUUUGACUUAGCAAGGCAUAUGAGAACUCAUACAGGAGAAAAACCCUACAAGUGUGACCAGUGCGACUAUUCUGCUGCACAAAAAGGCAACUUGGACCAACACAUAGCAGCAAAACACAGUGAGAAACCCUACAUAUGUUGGGAGUGUGGGUACAGGACAGCUUUUAAGUCAUAUUUAUCCCAACAUAUGAGAACCCAUACAGGAGAAAAACCGUAUAAGUGUGACCAGUGCGACUAUUCUGCAGCACAGAAAUCUGCUUUGCACGCACAUCUAGCAAAACACACAGACGGAGGGCGCCACGUGUGUGACGUGUGUGGGUACAGGACACCUUAUAGACCAACGUUAUCUCAACACAUGAGAACCCACACAGGAGAAAAACCCUACAAGUGUGACCACUGUCACUUUUCUUCAGCGCGGAAAGAUGAUUUGAAGAAACAUGUAGCAAACCACACCGGUGACAAACCCUUCAUGUGUGUAGAGUGUGGAUACAGAGCAUAUACUAGAUCUAUCUUAUCCGCACAUAUGAGAAAGCAUUCAGGGGAAAAACCCUACAAGUGUGACCAGUGUGACUAUUCUGCUGCAGAUAAGUCUACUUUGGUCAAACACAUACGAAAACAUACCGGUGAGAAACCCUACAUGUGUGGGGAGUGUGGGUUCAGAACAGCUGGUAGGUCUACCUUAUCCCGACACAUGAGAACCCACACAGGAGAAAGACCUUACAAGUGUGAUCAGUGUGACUAUUCUGCAGCACGGAAAUACGAUUUGGACAAACAUCUAGCAACACACACUGGUGAGAAACCCUUCAUGUGUGGGGAGUGCGGGCACAAGACAGCUCGAAAGUCCACCUUAUACAAACAUAUGAGAACGCAUUCAGGGGAAAAACCCUUCACGUGUGACCUCUGCGACUAUUCUGCUGCACAGAAAUGUACUUUGGACCGACACCUAAUGACACACACAGGUGAGAAACCCUACAUGUGUGGGGAGUGUGGUCAUAGGACAGCCGAAAAGUCUGACUUAGCCCGACAUAUGAGGACGCAUACAGGUAAAAAACCCUAAAGUGUUAC